AUGGCUGCGGAGCUGCGGCCGCCAAACCGCGAGCUGGGCCCGGCAAGCACGCUGGAGCUGCUGCGGCGGAUGCGGAAGGAAGAGACGGGUUUCAUCACUUCAGACAUCGCGGCGGCACAGGAACUGGCAGAAGUUUCCUCACCGCUCUCCUUCAAGCGGGGGGAGGUCUUGUUUUCCCGUGGUGAGCCUUGCACUUGGCUCGGCCUCCUUCUUGCUGGCCGUUGCGAUGCCUUGUUGCCCACUGCGGGUGGCACUGGUGGUGGUGGGAAAGGAGAGCAGCGGAUGGGAGAAAUGUUGGGCCUGGCUCGAGUGGCCUUGUGGGAGAAGAGCCAUGCAAGGGCGUACACCUUGCGCGCGGUGGAUGAUGGCUGCAUUGCAGUGCUCAGCUACGACCAGCUGGAAGGCUUGCGACGUGCCCGUCCCGCCUUCCACCAUUCGCUGCUGAAGGCCUUGCUCUUACAGCUGGCCGACGCCUGUGGCUGCUUCUUCCGCGGCUGUCCGGUCUCCAACCGGCCACAGUUCAGCUUGGCGCCGAUGAACGAGCCACAGAUCCUGGAUUUUCUUUUGCGGCUGCGGGAAGAAGGGACGUUGCUGCCCAAUGCUGACUACAAUUGCCUCUUGAGCUUGGCGUGUCGGCUGCGUAUCGCCCAGUGGCCGGCCAGAAGCUCCGUCCUCUCCAAGGGAGAGCCCCUCAGCCGCUCGACGACGUCGAAAAGAGAGCAGAGGACGACGGACGUGUCCAAUCAGGUGCGACGGCGCCAGCGAGGUGGCGCCUUGAUCCUCUUGGACGGGAAGAUGACGGGCUUCCGGGAGGCCGCAGGUGCACCCAGCGUCUUCUUCGCGCCCGGUGAUUGCGUCGGCUUGGAGUUCCUCUUGGGUGGCGUUCAAGCAUGCCCUUUGGACGUCUUUGCCGCGCGCGCCUGUCUGGCGGCGGUGCUGCGGCGUGACGACCUGGAGGACCUUCGCAGGGAGAACCCUUCGAUGGCCACACAGAUCCUCCAGGCGUUUCACGCGAAGCUCUUCGGCGAGCUGUGUGGGCAGCAGCCGCCAGCGCUGCUGGUGAUGGCCGAGGCCACGGAGAGGCUGCGCUUCGCCAGCACGCAGCGCCCGGCCUUUCCGGCGCCGCUGCGCUUCCCGGGGCAUCUGCCGCCGGACGAGGCGAAGCACGCCUUGACGCCCGGCGAGUGCGAGGGAGGGGCGGCGUUGAAGGGGGGGGCUUGCUGUCGAAGAAGGAAAAGUAGGGGGAAAGAGAUUGCGAGAUUUGGUUGGUUGGUUGGUUCGUUGGUUGCUUGCUUGCUUCCUUGGUUGCUUGGUUGGUUGCUUGCUUGCUUGCUUGCUUGGUUGGUUGGUUGGUUGGUUGGUUGUUUAUACUUCUGUAGUCCAGUAUUUGGUCCUUUGUUUUGUGGGGGCGUGGACCUUGAGCAGGGUUGA